AUGGAGAAGAUCUUCAAAAGGAAUGGAGAGUUCAACAGGUUCUUCGAAGCUUACCUAAAGUCAAUCAAAGACAAUAGUGCUCCAUUAACAGAGCUGGGAGUAUUCCAGGGCGCCAGAAAAUGUCAAAUUGAAGUCCAGAAUAAGGUCCCAGAAGGUGGAGCGCCAGCGGAAAUGUCGACCAGCGUUAGGAUGAGCCCAACGCCCGGCAGAGAACCAUCAUCUGAUGCGUCUACCGCAAGCCACACAGAGACAACUCGAUUAACACCAGCGGCUGAGCAGGUGUGGCAGACAUGGGAGAAAACCCGCGACGAGCAAUAUGUCAAUCAGGCGCUGAUGGCAUUCCUCGACGCGGUAGCCCUGAAUAUCCCCAAUAACAAGUGUACGUGGGGCAUACGACGUCUCGCAUUCAAAGUCGAGUUCAAAAAAGCUACCAUGGAGUCCCGCACAGACGGCUAUCUGUAUGGACCUGAAGGCGGCGACGAAGCAUUCGCAAUAGUAGAAACCAAGGCUCAUCCCCGGAAAAGACGGGACAGAGGCCUCGAAAUCUACAUGCAAGAAUCUGCUGAGAUGGUUGCUUGGAUACGCAGGGAUGCGCGCGCAGGACGCAAAGUGCCCCUUGACAACCAACGCCUCCUAGUCUCGCAAGAUAGACAUGAAAUCUAUCUUACCUGGGCAUCAUAUAAUGCAUCCUAUGUCGACUACCUCGAAGACAAGGAGCCAACCGCCAAUACUUUUCUGGUAAUGCAAGAGAUCGGCCCCUUCGACAUUCGAGAACAUAAGCACAUGAGGAAACUUGCCCUAUAUAUCGGAUGUUUCUGUCUUCAGAUCACCGACCUUAUUGUCGGUAGCCCACAAACGUAA